AUGAGCUGCUCAGGAAAUUGUGGAUCCUGUUCACAUGCUGGCACAUGCUCUUCUCAUGGUACACCAGAAGCUCUCCAAGGUGCCCUUGAGGAAUGCAAAACAGUUUUAGAAAACGUAACACACAAGAUUUUGAUUCUUAGUGGCAAAGGAGGUGUUGGCAAGUCCACACUCACAUAUAUUUUGACAAAAUAUUUGGCAAAAACCAAGAAAGUCGGUGUUUUGGACUUAGAUUUAUGUGGCCCAUCAAUUCCAAUUCUCUUUAACUGCGAUGUAGAACCAUUAUUAGAUACAACAUUCGGAUUCCAACCAUACCAUGCUGCUAAAAACAUCAAUGUUGUUAGCAUUCAAUUCUUCCUCCCAGAUUUUGACUCUCCACUCGUAGCUCGUGGACCAAAGAAGAACGCACUCGUAUUACAACUCAUCAACCAGAUCGAUUGGAGCGAUCAGGACUUCCUUUUGGUUGAUACUCCUCCAGGAACUUCUGAUGAGCACUUGUCAGUCGUCAGUUUCAUGCGCGACUCUGAAAUUGAUGGAGCUGUUAUCGUUACAACACCAGAUGAAGUCUCAAUUUCAGAUGUUAGACGUGAAAUUGAAUUUUGCCAAAAAGCAGGCGUGAAAAUCCUCGGAGUUGUCGAGAACAUGAGCCAAUACAAAUGUCCAAUGUGUGGCAAGACAUCUUCAAUAUAUGGCCACGAAUUUGGCGGUGCUGAAGAAUUAUGCAAACAAGAGAACCUUGAUCUACUUGGUCGCAUUCCAAUUGAUCCAUAUAUUGUUGCUGGCCAAUUUGAACCACAAAAAGAUCUUCCAGAAGCAAUUAAUGAUGCUGCGUCAGUAAUUUGCGAAAAGAUCCAGCAGAAACUCUCUGCAUAA